AUCCCUAGUUAUAUUUAACGACCCCAAAUCAAGGAAAUAAGCUCCCCCCCAAAAAAAUGUUUGUUUUUUUUGGCCAGAAAACACUCUCUUCUCAUCACCAGCUUUAUUUCUGCCCCCACUUUAUAAUAAAGUUAAAGUGUGAGAAUAAAAAGAGCAAUAUCAGAGAGACAAUAAUAGUAUUUACAAUAGAUAUAUUAUGAAAGGGGAGAUGGAAAGAGAAGAAAAAAUUAAAAAACACAAACACCCAAAGCUCUCUCAACCCCACAAGUAUGAAAUACUACAACUUUGUUGACAAAGACUUCAUUUCUGGUUUUUCCUUCUUUCUUUUGAUGAGCUAGCCUAGCCCUCCUCUCUCGUCUGAUGAGAAAGCAACCACAAAAAACCCUGAAACCGAAAAAAGCUUCAACAAAAGAAAGGCUUGUUUUGGUGCUCAAACAAGGAAAGAUUACAAAGUGUGAGAGAAAAGAAAAGCACAGCUAGCAAAAGGGUUUUGUUAUUUGUUGCUGUUGUUUCUGCUUGCUAGGCAGAAAUGAUUCGAGGAGAAAAAAAACAGCUGAAUCAAUAGUUGUUGUUAAUUACCCAGUAGUACUAUAUAUUUUCCCAAAUGAUGGCAGGAAACCCUAACUGGUGGAGCAUGAUGAAUGGCAUGCAUCCACAGCCUCAUCAUCAUCAGCAGUUGAUCCCAAGUGCUAAUACUAAUAAUAAUUCUAGUGCUAAUAAUACUAGCUAUAAUCAGUUUUCUAGUACUCCUCCUCCUCUUCUUCCUCCUGGCCAGUAUAAUUUGUUCGGUGGAUCUUCUUCUCUUGACCAUCAUCCUAACCAAGACUUUCCUCGCUCAUGGAGCCAAUUACUUCUGUAAAAUUUCUUACUACUUUUAGCUUAUAUUUUGAUCAUAUAUUUACUUCUGUUUAGCAUCAGUCCUUUCAUCACCUUUCUUAGCUGUCUACAUAUAUUCUUCCAGCAAAGUUGGCUUCUUUUUUUUAUAUAUAUAUGAGUGUGUUUUUUCAAAGUUUAACUUUUUCACUAUGUGCCUUUAUUUUUUCAAGUUUCUCCAUUGGUAAAUCACAAAUUUUGAGACUUUUAAGUCAUGCCCACUUGAUUAAUAAUUUAAAUCAUGAUUACAUUCUGCAGAGGUGGGCUGGGAGCUAACAAUAAUGAAGGCCAUGAUUCAAGGUUUGUUGGAAGCAGCCCUUUUCAUCAUCAGAACAAGAAGUUGGAAAACUGGGAAGACCUACAAAUUUUGAGUCCAAGUCUGAAGGUUUCUGUUGGUGGUGGUGGUAGCAAUGAUCAUGUUAAACAAGAAGUUGCUCAAACUAACCUAAUCUAUGGUAGUAAAGCUUCUUCUGCAGAUGAGGAAUUUCAAGCUGCUGCUUCUAAGCCACCACCAGCUUGGUCACAAGUUGUGCCUGCUUCUUCACCUACCUCUUGUGUUACAAGUUUAAGCAGUAACUUACUCAACUUCUCUGCUAGUAGCAAACCCGAAGCCAGAAAUCAACAUCAGGAAGCUUCAUCCGAGUGCAACAGCUCGACAACAGGCAGUGUACAUAAGAAGCCUAGGAUUCAACAUUCCUCAGCUCAACCAGCUCUAAAGGUUAGGAAGGAGAAGCUAGGGGACAGAAUUACAGCCCUCCAUCAACUUGUUUCCCCAUUUGGAAAGACUGACACUGCUUCUGUCUUAUCAGAGGCCAUUGGUUAUAUCAGAUUCCUUCAAGCCCAAAUUGAGGCACUUAGCUUGCCGUACAUGGGUAAUGUAGCAGGAGGAAGCAUGGGUCAGCCUCACCAGCAACAACAUUCUGUAAGUACUAAUAUAAUUUUUGCAACCCAAAAAAAAAAAAAAAACGUAAAAAUCUUACAAAUAUAUUCAGUUAUUCACAACAUGCGCAGCAUCUUCACAUUUUCCUAUGCCAAAAAAAAAAAAAAGGAUCAAAAGAUCCUCAUUUCUUUCUCCAUCUGUCUUUCAACCUUAUAGUACACUAUACACGUGUGUCAGUCUGACUGAAUUAACAGUAUUGGAUUGGAUUCUUGAGUUAGAAUAAAUUAGGGUAGGGGUUAAUCCAGAUUAAAUUAGAGCAUUCCAUCGAAGAAAGAAUAAGAUUCUUGCUUUAUCAUAAGGAAUUGUUUAUUUCGUUAUUCAUUUCUACUACUGAAGAAUAGCGCCCUGGCAGGCAUGCUUUAUUGGAUCCAUUGCUCUUUCUUUUUAGCUUUAAAAAGUCAUUCGUACUAACAAAGUCAUGAUCACGGGGGCAAAAAAAUAAGGGGCUUUUGAUAGUUCUGUAAAAACCAAAGUCAUGCUUUAAUCAUUUGAUCGUAAGCUUUGCAUAAUCUUUAACGUUGUAGCUUGGUAGACGGCCGGUAUGUAAUCCCUCCAAAAGCGAGGACUUAAUGAUGAGUUUUUUUUUUUUUUAUGAUGAAUAAAAUUAUUUCAAUACGAAACAAUUUAGAGUCGGUUGGAAAUGGUUGAAUUAAUAGUUUGUUGAUUAAAUACAUAUAUUUAUUAAUUUACAGGAUGUUCAAGAUCUCCCAAGGGACUUGAGGAGUAGAGGGUUAUGCCUGGUUCCGAUAUCUUGCACUCAACACGUCGGAAACGAAACCGGAGCCGACUACUGGGCUCCGGCUCUCGGCGGAGGAUUCUGACCGGUGCGGUGCGUGGCUUUCAAAAAGUAACCCUCAUGGGAGUGAUAUAACAUCAAGAGCAGUCAUUCUUAAAAAAAAAUGACAAGAUUUGACUGCUCUUGAUGCUACUAUGCAUGCUAUGAGGGACAAAAAGAAAUUUGAGAUGAUGAUGAUGAUCAUAUAUAUAUUACACAAAAUAUAUAUGAUUCUUUCUAUGUUAUCAUUUCUGUAUUACUGUUGUUAGAAAUCAAGAAGAAUUUAGCUUAGCUAGAGAGCUAGCUUCCUCUCGUGUGUUAUGUAUAUUUUGUGGACGCACUUCUAUUUGGGAAGAUCAUCAAAUCCAUCGUGAAAUAUUCUCAUGCUGUGAUCAAUAUGGUGCACGUUCGUUCCAGUUGACUUCUUUGGAAGCUAUAACAUGUU